AUGAUAAUGAAGAACAUAGGCCCAGAGAGGGUCCAUUAUCUGCCCAAGUCACACACUCUGAAGGGCUGCUAUGUCUGGCAGUCUUGGCUGGGCUUGGAGAAAGAAAAAGCCUUCUGCAGCAGCAAGAAGUCCUGGAUGCUGAUCAGAGCCCCGGAGUUGAUAAGCACCCCCAUGGAGGUCAAAGGCACACGCCAGGGCCCGGGGGCAGCAUCCAGACGCACCACCCUGGCUCUGGGAGAGAUAACAGGGGAGGCAGGAACCCAGAGAGAGAUGGGGCAGUCACAGCAUCCCCAGCACCGCAUCCCCCAGCACCGCAUCCCCCAGCACAGCAUCCCCCAGCACAGCAUCCCCAGCACCGCAUCCCCCAGCACAGCAUCCCCCAGCACAGCAUCCCCAGCACCGCAUCCCCCAGCACCGCAUCCCCCAGCACCGCAUCCCCAGCACCACAUCCCCCAGCACCGCAUCCCCCAGCACCGCAUCCCCAGCACCACAUCCCCCAGCACAGCAUCCCCCAGCACAGCAUCCCCAGCACAGCAUCCCCAGCAGAGCAUCCCCCAGCACCGCAUCCCCAGCACCACAUCCCCCAGCACAGCAUCCCCCAGCACCGCAUCCCCAGCACAGCAUCCCCCAGCACCGCAUCCCCAGCACCACAUCCCCCAGCACCGCAUCCCCCAGCACAGCAUCCCCAGCACAGCAUCCCCCAGCACCGCACCCCCCAGCUCAGCAUCCCCCAGCACAGCAUCCCCCUGCACAGCAUCCCCCAGCACAACAUCCCCCAGCACUGGGCAAACAGGGAGCCUGGCAGGCAGGGCCCUCAGAAUGCAGUGUGGCCAGCCUUGUCAUGGUUGA